AUGAUUACCACAUGGGCAAACAUUGAAGCAAACCAGCGAGCAACACCUACCACCAGCGAGCAACACCUACCACCAGCGAGCAACACCUACCACCAGCAAGUAACACCUACCAACAGCGAGCAACAUCUACCACCAGCGAGCAACACCUACCACCAGCGAGCAACACCUACCACCACGAGCAACACCUACCCCCAGCAAGUAACACCUACCAACAGCGAGCAACACCUACCACCAGCAAGUAACACCUACCACCAGCGAGCAACACCUACCACCAGCGAGCAACACCUACCACCAGCGAGCAACACCUACCACCAGCAAGUAACACCUACCAACAGCGAGCAACACCUACCACCAGCGAGCAACACCUACCACCAGCGAGCAACACCUACCACCAGCGAGCAACACCUACCACCAGCGAGCAACACCUACCACCAGCGAGCAACAUCUACCACCAGCGAGCAACACCUACCACCAGCGAGCAACACCUACCACCAGCGAGCAACACCUACCAACAGCGAGCAACACCUACCACCAGCGAGCAACACCUACCACCAGCGAGCAACACCUACCACCAGCGAGCAACAUCUACCAACAGCGAGCAACAUCUACCAACAGCGAGCAACAUCUACCACCAGCGAGCAACACCUACCACCAGCGAGGAACACCUACCACCAGCGAGCAACACCUACCACCAGCGAGCAACACCUACCACCAGCGAGCAACACCUACCACCAGCGAGCAACACAUACCACCAGCGUUUAG